AUGGAUAAGUCUUGGGUGCAUAUUGAAGAUAGAUUGCAUUCCACUGAGUAUGAUCAAGGUGUUCGACAAUUCUUAGCCAUGGCGCAAGCACAUUCAUCAACACCCAAUCAGAUUAGGUGUCCAUGUAAGAGAUGCCGGAAUAGAGCUUUCCACUCUAUUCGUAUCGUGGAAGAUCAUUUGUUUUUAAGAGGGAUUGAUCCAACCUAUACAAUAUGGAUUUUUCAUGGAGAAGAGGAUCCGAUCCUAAAUUCUACAUUCUCUGAAGAUGUGGAUGAUGAUGCAUCUCCUUCCAAUCACUACAUGGAUGAUGUUGAUGAGAUGUUAGAUGACAUUCGGCAUGGGUCGUUCAUGGAUAAUCCAUUAAGCAAUGAUGGAAAUGCCCACAACUUUGAUGUCGGGUCCACCUCUGAUGCUCCAACCAACUAUAAUUUCGAGGAGUUGGUUGCCGAUGCACGAAGGCCACUUUAUCCUGGAUGUGCGAAGUUCUCGAAGCUAUCAUUCAUCGUCAAGUUGCUUCACAUCAAGAGCAUAGGUGGUUGGACCGUGAAGUCCUUUGACAUGGUACUCAAUCUUCUGCAUGCUGCAUUUCCCGACGCUCUUUUCCCAGAUUCAUAUAACGAUGCUCGUCGCUUAGAGCGUGGCUUGGGCUUCAGUUAUGAAAAGAUACAUGUGUGCCCAAAUGACUGUGUAUUGUUUUGGAAGGAAAAUGCAUCGUACAAUGCUUGCCCUAAAUGUUCGGCAUCUAGGUGGGUUGUACGCACAAGUGAGCAACGAAUGGUACCACAAAAGGUUUUUCGAUACUUCCCACUAAAGCCGCGCUUACAGAGGCUAUUUAUGUCAACAAAGACUGCCCGAGCCAUGAGAUGGCAUGUCGAUGCACGUGUUGACGAUCCAUCAUGCAUGCGACAUCUAGCAGAUUCAAAGGCAUGGAAAGACUUUGAUAACAAACAUCUUGCCUUUUCCCAAGAUCCUCACAAUGUUCGACUCGGUUUGGUGAGUGAUGGGUUUAACCCAUUCAAUAACAUGAGUAAGCCGUAUAGUAUAUGGCCAGUACUACUUGUGCCUUACAACUUGCCCCCUUGGUCAUGUAUGAAAGAUCCAUACACCAUCUUGUCGUUACUAAUCCCUGGCCCUAAGUCACCAGGGAAUGAUAUUGAUGUGUUCUUGCGUCCUCUUGUUGAUGAGUUGAAGGAACUAUGGGAAGAGGGUAUUCGGACGUUUGAUGCGUACAGUGGGGAAAUGUUUAGCUUACAUGCAGCACUACUUUGGACUAUCAAUGACUUCCCCGCAUACGCCAAUCUUUCUGGGUGGAGCACAAAGGGCAAGAUGGCUUGUCCUUCAUGUAGAGAAGGCACAAAUUCACAGUGGUUGGUAUAUGGGUGA